CAGGGCUGAAAAAUUGCAAAAGAACUCCCCCCACCUCUCCUUCCAAGAACCAGGAUUUCUAAAUUUGGUCGCCCAAGUGCAGAAUCCAGAUUGAGCCCCCCACCCCACCCCGGUUCUACCGAAAUGAAGAAUCAGCCCUUCCAUCGUCGAGGGAAAGGAGAACAGCUGGAGAAGGAGCAGGAACCCAGCCAGAUGCCUCCAACACCCUCACCGUUUCAUCGUGUGGCGUGUCCCUUACUCACAAUGGGUUUGUUUCUAAUAAUGGUAGCAUUGGGGCGUUCCUAUGUCGCUCUUUUCCAGCCGACAGACAGAAUGAAGAUUGAGACGUUGGAGUUACGAAAGGAUGGGUUCACCAUCAAGAAGAACCAGGAUGGAGACGUCAUCUUCAGAUUGACCUUCCAAUCUGGUGUCCUUGACCUGAAGUCCUGCUUCCAGGAAACAGACCUGUUGACUUGUUCCAGGACAGAUAAAAGAAAGAUUCGUUUCAUAAUCAGAGCAAUUAAAAAACCAAAGAGGUCGGUGAGCUGUUACUCCAUCACCUGGGAAGAGUUUCUAGCAGACACGGUGGUGGACCACAAAAUGUUCUGGGGAGAUGCCUCCUGGUAUGGAGGCUACGAGAUGAGUGUCCAGCAUUGGCCAAUCAAGUUGCCAGGAUACCAGGAACCUAUGCCUUACGUGACCAGCGAUGUCUAUUCUUUUCGGAACAACUUCGGAGGUGUCCUGGAGAGAUAUUGGUUGUCCUCCAAAGCAGUAGCUGUCAAGAUCAAUGACUCAGUUCCUUUCCAUCUUGGCUUCAACGCCACGGAACCGUCUCUUGUUUUCCAAGCCAAGUACAAGGAUUCUCCAUAUGGUUCUUUGCCGGAGAAUCAAGCUUUUCCACGGUUAUUGUACCAUGUCUGCACGGCUCCCGACGUGACUUCCACCCAUAAAUACAUGUCACAGAAUUAUUUCAGGAAACCUCUGAAAAUCCCCUCAGAACAGAUGUUCAGGUUCCCAAUCUGGUCCACCUGGGCCCUUUACAAAAAAGAGAUCGAUCAAACGAAAGUUCAGGAAUUCGCCCAAAUGAUCCUGAAACACGGAUUUAAAGCCAGCCAUAUUGAAAUCGAUGACAUGUACACGCAGAAUUACGGCGACUUUGACUUCGACGUCUUGAAGUUCCCUCGCGCAGCAGAAAUGUUUGAAACGCUUAAGAAGGACGGGUUUAACGUUACGGUUUGGAUCCACCCGUUUGUCCACGAGAAAUCACCAAACUUCAAGGAAGGAAUCGAGAAACGUUUUUUUGUCAUGCAACGAAACGAGGGAUCCCCUGCCAUGGUGAAGUGGUGGAAUGGGAUUGGUGCCAUUUUGGAUUUCACCAACCCUUCGGUCAGAGAUUGGUUUCACGCCCACUUAAAGGAACUUGGCUUAAAAUACGGCAUCUCCUCCUUCAAAUUUGAUGCCGGAGAGACCAGCUACCUCCCCAAAGGGUUCACCACCUUCCAACCUCUUCUGGAUCCCAGCACCUGGUCCAGGUAUUACACAGAAAUGGCCGUUCCAUUUUAUGAGCUUGCAGAAGUUCGCGUGGGUUACCAGACUCAACACAUCCCGUGUUUCGUUCGCAUUAUUGACCGGGAUUCAAUAUGGGGAUACGAACUUGGGCUACAAUCCAUAAUUCCCACAGUUUUAAGCCUUGGCCUUCUGGGAUACCAUUUCAUCCUACCCGAUAUGAUCGGUGGAAAUUUUAUUCCAGAUAAAACCAAUGGGGCUCUGGAAAUCCCCGACCGGGAACUCUACAUCCGUUGGCUGGAGUUGUCCGCCUUCAUGCCGUCCAUGCAGUUCUCCAUCCCGCCUUGGCUCUACGAUAAGGAGGUCAUCGAAAUCGCCCUGAAGUUCACUAAGCUUCACGAGUCCUUGGUGGCCCCUCUCUUGCUGGAACUGGCCGGGGAGAUCACCAACACCGGGGAUCCCAUCAUACGGCCGAUCUGGUGGGUCUCUCCCGGGGACGAGUCUGCUCACAAGAUCGAUUCCCAGUUUCUCAUUGGGGACACUUUGAUGGUGGCCCCGGUCUUGGAGAUGAGGAAACAGGAACGGGACAUCUACAUCCCGGCGGGCAAAUGGCAGAGUUACAAAGGAGAGCUGUUUGAGAAGACUCCCACCUUGAUCACGGACUACCCCGUGGAUCUGGAUGAAGUGGCUUAUUUCUUUUUGGAUCCUUAAAUCACUCCAGGCCAAUCUGUCCCAAAGAUGUUUUUUCAGGAGGCAAUUGGACUUUCUAGUUGUUUCUUUUGAAGACAUUUCGCUUCUCAUCUGAGAAGCUUCUUCAGCUCUGACUGGAAGGUGGGAAAUGGAAGCAUUUAUACUCCUUGCAGACAGCUGGUCAUUUGCAUCCUUUUAGAAGGUCCUUGAGGCCACUUGGAGGUUUGUCUGUGUCCUCGGGGUCACCUGAGUGGUCCAAAUGAUUCCUGUUAGUCUGCAAUUUUUCCUCUGGAAAUCCAUUCCUACUCCCAGACCAUUCCAAGGGUCUUCAUCCCAAAUUGCAUAGCUAAAAUUCUGUAGAGAUUCUCAGUCCUCCAGGUCAUGGUUGUCCCAAAGGUGCUUUUUUCUGGAGGCAACUGGACUUUCUUCCUUACAUUCCCCACUAUCUUGUCAGAGCUGAAGAAGCUUCUUGGAUG